AUGCUGAGCUUCCUUCAAAUUCUCCUUGCCACUCCGGCACUCGCUGCGGUGACCAGUUUCCCGGUCAUCCAAAGCAACCACGGACCUGUCAAGGGUGCAGCAUCGCCUUUCCGACACGGCGUAACUGUCUACAAGGGCAUUCCUUAUGCCGCACCUCCCACAGGCUCGAAGCGUUGGACUCCUCCCACCAAGCCAGACUCAUGGACUGAGACGCUCGAAGCAACUGAGUUCGGUCCCCAGUGUGCCCAGCCAUAUUCUGAGGCUGGUAUUUUCUCUUCUGGAAAGAACUCGACCAGCGAGGACUGUUUGACCCUAAACGUCUGGACUCCUACUUACAACACCACCUCCGCUACCGAGAUUAAGAACAAAAGCCUCCCCGUCUACGUUUGGAUCUUCGGCGGCCGGUUCGAAGGAGGGUCCGGAGAUGUCAUCACCUAUGAUGGAACCGGUCUUGCUUCCAAGGAUAUCAUUGUUGUCACUAUGAACUACCGCCUCGGUGCCUUUGGCUUCCUUGCUCACCCUGACCUGUCCACCGAGUCUGGACACAAUAGUUCUGGAAAUUACGGUAUUCUGGACCAGCAGUUUGCUCUCCGCUGGGUUCAAGAUAACAUUGCCAACUUUGGUGGAAACGCCAGCCAGGUCACUGUGGGUGGUCAGUCUGCGGGAUCUGCUAGUGCAUUGGAUAUGAUGUGGAGUCCUCUCAGCAGUGGUUUGAUCCACGGUGUCAUUGCCGAGAGCGGUGCUCGCGGACCUCAUGAUCCUGCCACCGGUAGUGUUGCUACCAGCUACAACACCAAAGAUGUUGCUGAGGAAUUUGGCGUCACUUUCCUGAAGACUAUGAACGUUUCGUCGAUUGCCGAGCUUCGCAAGCUCCCUAUGGCCGACCUUAUCGAUGAAGGCCAGUUGAUGGAAGACGAUUACUUUGACGGCACUGUCUUCUCUGACCUCUGGUCUGGACCUCCCCGCUGGCGUCCCGUUAUCGACGGCUAUGUGUUCCCUCACGGAUACGGCGAAUCUUUGGAGCUGGGCGCCCACGCUGACGUGCCCAUCAUGACUGGCAACAACAAGAACGAGAAUGAUGGAGGCGCCUCCACCGUUUCUGAUUAUAAGACCCUGUGGACAAAGGUGUUUGGCAACUACUCUUCUGAGUUCUUCUCUCUGUACCCCGCGAGGACGGACACCCAGGCCAGUGACAACAGCGACGCUGUACUUCUCGAUAUGGCCCGCGUUGGAACUUGGGAAUGGGCCGCUGAAUGGGCUGCCGGUGGUGCGAAGAGUGAUGUCUUCGUGUACUACUUCACCAAGGCUCCUGCGGAGAAUGAGGAGGGUGGCGCAUACCACGGUGCUGAGAUAUGGUAUGCUUUCAACAACAUUCCUUACUCGGACUACUCCAAUGUCACUUGGAAUGCUACCGAUUACAAGAUUGAAUCUGUGAUCUCUGAGUACUGGGCCAACUUUAUCCGCACGGGUAACCCCAACGGUGACGGCUUGGUCCAUUUCCCUCCGUCCUCCAGCAACUACUCUGCUAUGCACCUUGGCGAAUCUUUCGGCGCAGUUCCAAUCGCUGCGUCCAAGAAGCGCAUCAGCUUCCUCCGUCGCUGGAUGUCUACUUUGCACCAGUACUAA